UAUCUCCAAAAUAUAUAUUUUUUUAUUUCUGAAGAUCUUUCAAAAUUUCAGCAUUUCUUUCUUCUGUGCGUUCCCUGUAUUCAUUCACUCUUCACUUUCAAGUCGCAAAAUGAACGGUGGCACCAUUGAUUUUAUCGAAGAUAAUGGAAACGGAAGCGACUCGGACGCGAAUUCCGAUGACGCGCCGGAAUACUACCAGCCGAUAUCCGCCGUGGACGACGACGGAAGCUCCGACGGAGAGCACGGCGGUGAGUUCGGGCAGCUGCCGAACGGGUUUGCUGUGCACGGCGUAGCGGAGAACGGGAUCUCGUCUCUGGAUCUGAGCGACGGCGUAGAGAAGAGCAGCAGCGACGAAGAGGAAGAGGAAUUGGACGAGAGGAGCGAAGAGGAAAUCGAGAGGGCGCUGAGAGAAGAGGAGAACCGGAGAAACGCGCCGCUCACGGCGGAGAACGCGACGAGAGUGAUGGAGGCGAUGCGCGGAGUGUCCUUCGUCGGCGUGGUUCCCGAUUGGGCAGCACGAGAUCCCCAUGAUCAAUGGAUCAAUCAGCUUCACAGAUUGCGAGGAUCCUCAAACACUUGAAGGAAAAAUUAGUUACUCGAUUUCGUGCAAUGUUAUAUUCGUUCCAGUUUUGAACAUUUUUCUUGAAUGUUGUUUUUUUUUUAACGAAAAUUGGAUUCCAAAUAAAAUUUGUUUGAAAA